CGCUCGGGCGGCGGUGGCGGUGCCGGCGUGGGGCGCCCCCUAGCGGCGGCGGCGGCGGCGGCGGCGCCGGGUGUAAGGCAGCGGCGCGGGCGGGCGGCGCUCACUCCGGGGCGGGCGGCGGCGGCUGCGGGCGCUGCGGGCGGCCCAUCCCCGCACGGGAGCGCGGCCGCGGGACCCCGUGGCCGCUGCACGGCGCCGGGGGAUGGGCCGGAGGGCAGAGCGCGGGGGGCGAAGCGCCCCGAGGAUUUGAGCGGUUUGUCCGCUCCCCGACCCGCGUUCGUCGCGCCGUCCGUUCCCACCCCCCCCCCCCCCGCCCGCGACCCCCCGCACGCCGGGGGCAGCGCCCCGACCCCCGGGCUGGCGGCUCCCGGCGGUUCCGGGCGCGGGGGGCAGGUGCCGGGGGGAGCCGCCGCCGUCUCGGGGCCGCGCUCCGCCCGCCUCGGCCUUAACGGGGCCGCGGGGCCGCCGCCGGUUCUCCCCGCGGUCUCCGCCUCGGGACGUACCUCCUCGGGACGACCCCGCCGCACCGGGGGCCGCCACCAUGCCCGACUCGCCGGCCGACGUCAAGACGCAGCCCAGGUCCACGCCGCCCAACAUGCCGCCGCCGCCGCCCGCUGUCACGCAGGGAGCCACGCGUCACCCCUCCUUCACACCCAGCACCAAUCGAGACGCUGUCCCUCCGACGUUUCUUCCUCGCGGCCGUUUUCAUGGUUGCUUGAAAUGGUCGAUGGUCUGUCUCUUGAUGAACGGCAGCAGCCACUCGCCCACCGCCAUCAAUGGGGCCCCGUCCACCCCCAAUGGGUUCAGCAACGGGCCGGCCACCUCCUCCAGCGCCUCGCUGUCCACCCAUCAGCUCCCACCGGCCUGCGGAGCCCGGCAGCUCAGCAAGCUCAAGCGCUUCCUCACCACCCUGCAGCAGUUUGGCAACGACAUCUCGCCCGAGAUUGGGGAGCGGGUGCGCACCCUCGUCCUGGGGCUCGUGAACUCCACGCUGACCAUCGAGGAGUUCCACGCCAAGCUGCAGGAAGCCACCAACUUCCCACUGCGGCCCUUCGUCAUCCCCUUCCUGAAGGCCAAUCUGCCCCUGCUGCAGCGUGAGCUGCUGCACUGCGCCCGCAUGGCCAAGCAGAGCCCGGCGCAGUACCUGGCACAGCACGAGCAGCUGCUGCUGGAUGCCAACGCAUCCUCACCCAUCGACUCCUCCGAGCUGCUCCUGGAGGUCAGCGAGAGUGGCAAGAGGAGGACACCAGACAGGACCAAAGAGAACGGUUUGGACCGCGACCCCCUGCACCCCGAGCACCUCAGCAAGCGGCCGUGCACCAUGAGCCCGGCGCAGCGCUACAGCCCCAGCAACGGGCUGAGCCACCCCCCCAACGGGCUGCCGCACCCCCCCGGCCCCCCGCCCCAGCACUACCGCCUGGAGGACAUGGCCAUGGCACACCACUACCGCGACGCCUACCGCCACGCCGACCCCCGCGAGCGCCCGCGGCCUGCGGUGCACGGGGCGCGCCAGGAGGAGGUGAUCGACCACCGGCUCACCGACAGGGAGUGGGCAGAGGAGUGGAAGCACCUCAACAACCUGCUAAACUGCAUCAUGGACAUGGUGGAGAAGACGCGGCGGUCGCUGACGGUGCUGCGGCGGUGCCAGGAGGCCGACCGUGAGGAGCUCAACCACUGGAUCCGCCGCUACAGCGACGCCGAGGACAUGAAGAAAGGCAGCCCCCCCUCCGCCCGCCCCCACAACAGCUCCUCCAGCUCCGAGGCACCCCAGUUAGAUGUGCAUCGGGAUUUUGCGCCGCGGCCGCUCUCAGGGUACAUGCCUGAGGAGAUCUGGAGGAAGGCUGAAGAAGCUGUGAACGAGGUGAAGCGACAGGCCAUGUCCGAGCUGCAGAAAGCUGUGUCGGAUGCUGAGCGCAAAGCACACGAGCUGAUCACCACUGAGCGCGCCAAGAUGGAGCGGGCGCUGGCCGAGGCCAAACGGCAGGCAUCCGAGGAUGCCCUCACAGUCAUCAACCAGCAGGAGGACUCCAGUGAGAGCUGCUGGAACUGCGGGCGCAAAGCGAGCGAGACCUGCAGCGGCUGCAACACCGCCCGCUACUGCGGCUCCUUCUGCCAGCACAAGGAUUGGGAGAAGCACCACCACGUCUGCGGGCAGACUCUGCAGGGGCUGCCGGCCCCCUCCGUCCCCACAGCCGUGGGGCAGCCCGAGGCGGUGCCCCCCAUGGCCAGCAGCCCCAGCGACGCGGGCUCGGCGGGGGCAUCCCGUGCCGGCACGCCGGGCACCCCGGCCCCAUUGGAGAGCGCAUCGCGCUGAGCGCGGACUGACGCCCAUCGCAGCCCCCCGCUCCCAUACUGGGUGACCUCCGAACCGACCUCGAGCUCUCAGAUAAUCCUCACGGAUCCUCAAACUGGGCUUUACGUGGAGUUAAGGCAAAUACUCAUCGUUCUCUAUUCUCUCUGGUUUUUUUUGGCUUUUUUUGGUUGAUUGGUUUUUUUUUUUUGGUGGUUUGUUGUUUUUUUUUCCCCUGUCCUUUGGGCGAUCGCUGUUCCUUGCUACCCGGUGGUUUUUGGUGUUUUUUUAUAUCGAUUCUUCUUUUUUCCCUCCUUUCCGGAUGAGGAGCUCGCUCACAGGACGAGGAAGAAGACUUUGUUUCUUCAUCUUCAUCAUCUCUUUUUUUUUUUUUCUUCUUUUUUUUUUUUUGUAAAAAAAAAAAAAUAAAGAAAAUAAAAACGAAAACGUCGAACUCUUUGGCUUUAAGUAAGAAAUUGUAAAAAAAAAAAAAAAAAAAAAAAGAAAAAAAAAAGCCAGGAAAAUCCCAAAAAGCAGACACCGCCGAGCCCAAUGGAAGCUCACCUGUAACUACCUUGCUAGCUAGCCAAGAACAGACCAGACCCACCUCUGCUCCAAAGGAAACCCAAAAACCAGACAGAUCCAAACGUCUCUCCGCUGCCAAAGUUCGUUUCGUUCUGUUGCUGCCCGCUCCAAUGCUGCCCCGUCCUCACGGCGCACCGAAGGACGGACGGACGCACCGGGGGUUGGAAAAGUUUCUAUUACCACAAAGCAAAAAAGAAUCUUUUUUUUUUUUUUUUUUUUUUUUUAAGAAAACAGCAAAAGAAAAAGCAAAAAAAAAAAAAUUAUAUAUAUAUAUAUCUACAACCCAAUGAAACAAAGGCGCGGCGCUCCCCACGUGGCACUGGGGAUGUGAGCGGGGAUGCGGUGCAGCCCUACCUCUGCCCAACGCCGGAGAUGGGGAUGGCGCAAGGGAUGGACCCGUGUGUGCCCAACCCGCUCCCUGCAUUGGAUAUUUUGGGGUUUAAGGCGACGAUUUCCAGGAGGGAAGGAGAAAAGGGAAGAAAGCAGCACCUCCCCCCAGGAGGCGGACAAAGACACGUGGGUGAUUUUGUAUAUGUGGCAGCGUUGCACAAAGCGCAGAGGACGGAGUGCAAUACGGAAAGUGCGCGGCUCCGGGAGGAGGGACCCAGUGCUGCACCUUCACGGGAAUGUAAAUAGCAUCUGCAGAGGUCCAAAAAGUACCCUAACGAUGGUGAUGGUGAUGGGAAGAGACGUUUGCCAAAUAAAGGAUGACGAUCCACACGGGAGGAUGUGGCGUGUAGGAGCUUAGGCUGAACCACGAAGCAGAAGUCGUGUGCUCGAUAGGAGCUUUAGUUUUCCGGAUUUGCAAAAACCCAUCCUGUGUGUUUUCUGUAGGCAGGGGAGGAGGAGGGGGUCGGGCUGCUCUGGUGGUGGUGCUGAGGGGCUGGCUGGGCCGUGCCAUGGUGUAACAUGAUGUGCCACGGUGUGCCGUGCCAUGGUGUGCCAUGGUAUCCCAUGCCAUGGUGUGUCAUGAUGUGCUAUGAUGUGCCGUGCCAUGCCAUGCCAUAACACAGUGUGCCGUGCCCUGCCAUGGUGUGCCAUUGCGCGCCAUGGUAUCCCAUGCCAUAGUGUGUCAUGUGCCAUGGUGUGCCGUGCCAUGGCAUGCCGUGCCAUUAUGUGCCAUGCCAUGUCACGGUGUGCCACAGUAUGCCACAUCGUGCUGUGAUGUGCUGUGCCAUGGUGAGCCAUGCUGUGGAUGCCGUGGUGUGCCAUGCCAUGCCAUUCCAUGGCGUGCCAGGCCAUGCCAUGGUGAGCCAUGCUGCAGGUGCCGUGGUGUGCUGUGUCAUGUCAUGCUGUGCCAUGCCAUGCCGUGGUGCCCCAUGCCAUACCACGCCACAGCAUGGUGCCAUCUCCCACCCCUAGCCCCACUGCCAGUCUGUGUACACCCCAAGACCCCAUGCCGGGGGCCGUGCCGGGGGCCCCUUGCGUGACUGUUCACUUUAUUUAUGGUGUGACAUAUGUAAUAUUGUCUAUUUUUCUUACGUUUCCUGAGAAGAGGUAAUAUAUAAGAGUCUUGCGGGUGCUCCCAUCGGGGCCGCCUGCUCCCUGGGUGUCCGUCCCCCCCCCUGACCCCGUGUGCCCCCUCCCCACCCUGCGCCGGGGCUCUGCCUCUCUACCUCCGCCUCGCCGGGAAACAGCGGACGGGAGCACUUACACGGCGUCUGCUCUCGUUUCCAACUCCUUUCUGUUUUGCUUUCUUUUUUUAUUAUUCUUUUUUAAUUAUUUCUUUUCCCGUCGCUUUGUGGGUUGUUUUUGUUUUUGUUUUUUUUUAAUUAUUUUUUUAUUAUUUUUUAAACAAUAAAAAUACCCUAACGAACCUUGCAUCAAAACCAAAAGCCGAGGGAGGGAGGGAAGGGGAGGUGGGAGGGGAGGGGAUGGGCGGUGUGGAUGUCCAAACCAGAACGACAGCUUUAAAGUGUGAUAUUUCCCAAAAAUAACAAUGCUGGGAGGACGGCGGCCGCGGGGGUGGCCGGAGCAGCGGUGCUUCUGUAGGGUUCUGCUCCAAAGUGGGGCACUUCUGUAGGGUUCUGUUCCAAACGGGUGCUGGGAUGUGCAUGGAGACGGGGAGGCGCACCCCAUGCGAUGCCUUGGUGGUGUCCCUUGGUGGCUUUGUGGCACCCGGGAGGUGGCAGAUGGCUGUCCCGUGUGGUCCUGGUGCAACUGCACGGCCCUGGGGACAUCCUGGGUGCUGCUUGGGGUGCCCUGUGCCAGCUCAGGUCCCUGCAGCCACCUGCUCCCGUUUUGGGUAUCCCCGUGUCAUGGCUGUAGUGAGGCUCAUGGCAUGGGGGCAUCCCACCCGAGGUCUCUGACUCCACGGGACGGCAGAGCUGUGCUUUGGGGUGCAGGAGGAGGCACAGCAAUGGCUCACUCCCAUCCCUCAGCACUGCACUGGGGCCAUGUAUCCCCCACCCCAAAACCCACGUGAAACCAAAGUGCUGCCUCCCAGCAAUGCUUCCAGGACCCCAAACCUCCCCGGGCAGCCCCCAGCGGUGUCACCGCCGCCCCUGGCCCAUAUACUCAGAGCAUCCCCUGCUCCUCGCCUGGCUUUGGGGAUGGGGAUCAUCCACAGCAGCUCUCCUCAGAGACCCCUCUGAUGCCAUGCAAAGCACAGCACCGCGAGGGAGGUGUCGUGCUGCCGUCCCCCCUGCCCCGGCAGUGCCACACCAGCCACGGGGAUGGGGACAGUGGGGGUCCCCAGGGCUGGGGGCUGAGGGCAGAGCUCUGGUAGUGGUUUUGGGGCCAGCACAGAGAGAUGACUCAGACACAGAGUGGUAGGACUUUCCUUCGGCAUGCUGUCCCUCCCCCCCUCCCCGCGCUGUUCCCCGCUUUCUCUUCGUGUACUGUAUGUUCGACCUGUGAAAGAUGUAAACUUUAUGAUUCAGGUUCUGUCUGUUCUUAUCUCUGUAUCUGUGUAAUAAAAGACGAUUUAAUAUCAA